AUGUUUUCUACAGCAGUUCCCAACCACACUGCCUUUCAUCCGUCGACAUUUUUUCUGCUUGGUAUCCCGGGGAUGCAAGACCAGCACGUGUGGGUUGCCAUCCCCUUCUGCUGCAUGUACAUCCUCGCUCUCGCGGGGAAUGGCACCAUCCUGUACAUCAUCACGACGGACAGGACUCUGCACGAGCCCAUGUACCUCUUCCUGUGCCUGCUUUCGCUCACCGACCUGGUUCUGUGCUCGACCACACUGCCCAAAAUGCUAACAAUCUUCUGGCUCAGGGCCCACCUGAUUUCCUACUAUGGCUGCCUCACCCAGAUGUUUUUUGUUCACGCAGUGUUUGCCACAGAGUCAGCUGUCCUGCUGGCCAUGGCUUUUGACCGCUAUGUAGCGAUCUGCCGCCCUCUUCAUUAUACAUCCAUCCUCAAUGCUGCGGUGAUUGGCAAGAUAGGUCUGGCCUGUGUGGUCCGUGGCAUAAUCUUUGUUUUCCCCUUUAUCAUUCUCAUUGAACGCUUGCCUUUUUGUGGCCGCCACAUCAUCCCCCACACCUACUGUGAGCACAUGGGCAUUGCCAAGCUGGCCUGUGCCAGCAUCAAGCCCAACACCAUUUAUGGUCUCACGGUGGCACUUUCUGUCACAGGCAUGGAUGUGGUCCUCAUUGCUGCCUCUUACGGCUUCAUCCUGCAGACUGUGCUGCGCCUGCCCUCCAAGGAUGCCCAGUUUCGAGCAUUUAGCACAUGCGGUGCCCACAUUUGUGUGAUUCUUGUGUUCUAUGUACCUGCCUUCUUUUCCUUUUUCACCCACCGCUUUGGUCACAAAGUACCUCCUCAUAUUCACAUAGUUCUUGCAAAUCUCUAUCUCCUCGUGCCCCCUGUUCUUAAUCCCCUGGUUUAUGGUAUUAACACCAAACAGAUCCGCCAGAGGAUACUUGGCUUUUUCGUGGGGAGGAGGUAG